AUGGCAUUCAGGGGUCAAAGUAAUGGUGGAUCAGAUUCAUUAAGACGUAGAGACUAUGAUGAUGAUGAGGAUGAUGGUGAAAAGAAAGAGAAAUUAUCAUUUUUACUACCAACAUCAAAUUAUCCCACAAGAAAAGAUAUACCACCAUUACCAACUGUUGAUUUACAUAACUUUGCAAUGAUUACAUCCGUUGUUAAACUUAAAAAUAAUUAUCCAUUUUCAAAAUAUAAUUUAAAUAAAGAGAAAAUAAUGCCUAAAGAUGGUAUAGAGAGAUAUCGUUAUAGUUCAAAUCAUGAUUCAGGUGCAGAUUUAAAUUUACCAUGUUCCAAAAAUGGUUAUUUCCCGUAUGAAUUAGUUGUUAACAGAAAGAAACCAAAGAAAAAAUCAUUAGUCUCAACUAAAAAACUUGAUGAUUUACAAAAACAAGAAGGUGGUGCAGGUGCCGCUGAAGGGGAAGAAGGUGAAGAGGUCGAAGAAGAGGAUGAUGGUGAAGAAGAUGAUGGUGAUUAUGGUGAUGAAAAUAUGGUGGAUGAUGAUGAAGAUAUGGAAGAUUCAGAUGAUGGUCGUGAUGAUGAAGCUGCUUUUUAA